AACGGCUACCACCUUCUUUUCCAGCCCGUAUCUCCAUUCUCCAAAGUCCAGCUCGUAGAUCAGUCAACUCAUUAACCGUACCCGCUGCUCCGCCGUUUUCACUGGAAAAGUACAAACUAUAACUUUUGCAUUUCUAAACAUGUCUGCAGUCAACAGGAAAUUCAUUUACACCGCUUCAGCUCCGGCAGCGAUUGGUCCAUACAGCCAGGGGGUGCUGGUGGACAGAACCAUGUACAUUUCUGGUCAGAUUGGAAUGGAUGUGGUCACUGGUCAGCUGGUGGAGGGAGGAGUUCAAGCACAGACUAAACAGGCUCUGACUAAUAUGGGAGAAAUCCUCAAAGCUGCGGGUUGCAGCUACAACAACGUUGUGAAGACCACUGUGCUGCUUAAGGACAUAAAUGACUUCAACAGUGUCAAUGAGGUCUACUCUUCAUUUUUCAGCAGUAACUUUCCUGCCAGAGCUGCUUACCAAGUCGCUGCUUUACCCAGAGGCGCUCUGGUGGAAAUCGAGGCGAUUGCUGUCCUGGGUCCGAUCUCUGAUUCCUGACUAGCCGACCACAUCGCAAACAAGCUGUAGCCUCAUUUUUAGAUGUGGGGUUUUUAUUUUUUUGCACCAUUAAACACUUUUUAUUAAAUUAGCCUCCAACUUUAAGCACAGAGUAUUGUCUCCAAGAUAGUUUCCUAUCAAGUAAGUGGUUGCAGUAAUAAGUAAACCAAGAUUUGAAUGCUCACUAGUUCAAAACGGACCCCAAAGAAAAGCACUUGUUAAACAUUGUUUAAGUGCUGCGCUUUAUUCAGUUUUCUGAUUCAAGGUUUGUUAACCUCAGAGAAAUCAUCAGAAAUUAAGCAAAUAAAUUAAAUGGACAGCACUUA